AUGGUUACCGUCCAGGUUAACACAAAGCUUGGCGAUAUUCUCCAAUUUGGGUCCGAGAUUUCCCCCGACAAGGUGGUGACCUGCUUUGGAAACACAAAAACCUUUUCCCGCUGCCGCCACCCUCUUUCCCAAAGGAAGACCAUGCUGGCUCAUCGAAUCUUGGGCGAGCGGAUUAUAUUUCCAGAAUUUGAAGAAGGAACUAUUCAAAAGACAGUUGAAGAAUUAGCCAGUCUCUGUAUUUGUGGAAAGGUCCAUGAAAGCGAAAAGAUCCGCCUUGCCAAAAAAUGGAGCAAAGACGUAAAGGCUUACAUUGAUGAAACCUCUCAAGCCCCACAAGUCGAACACCGAGCUUCUGGCACUGAGGAAGUCUUGCAAUCCGAAGGCUCUAGUCUCGCUGCGGUUGGAAGAAGCGGAAGUGAGGACGUGGCUAUGCUCAACUCGACCAUUGAAGAUCUGAACACAGAUCUUCAACGAGUAUCCCUCUCGCCACGCAUGGGAUCUGAACCCGACUUUCCCAGGCCCGUGGAUCUCGCGGAAGCUACUGAAGAGGAACCCUCAGCCAUGCAAAUCGAUUCUACACACGUUAUGGAGGAUGAUGAAACCCAGCAAACUAGCCCCAUGCCAGACUUACCGCUAUUCAAUGCUGUGCGGACGAUCGUGCAUUACAGCCAGCUGAUCUGCAGUGCCCUUCAGUUAGAAUAUGGGCCUGCGCUCUUGCUAGAUACCGAGGGCCAAACCCGCCAGUGUUCGGUACUAGGUGUGAAAUUUCUGAUGGUGUUGGAGCCGGAAAGCUUUAUAGGGGGUAUUCUGCAGUCGCCAUUCGCUCCACUAGUCUUAUUUGUGGUCCUUUACCCACUCGGGAUGUAUCUUCUGGGGUCAUCAUUGGCAUAUUUUGUGGUUAUGUUACUUAUGCUUCAGAAGGGACAGAACCCGGGCUGGAUUGGUCAUGGCCAGUGCGAACGGAAGAGGAUAUGA